AUGGAAACCUUCAAUGCCCGAACGCUCGAGGACAUGUCGGCUGCAGCAAAACCUCCCAACCACUACUUCCGCCGGUUCGGAGAUCUCUUCUUGGCCAUGAUCCGUACCGGUUACCACAAAUGGGGCUUCGUGAUAUACCGCUGUGCCUAUGGCGACGACGACCUCUGGAACCGCUACAUGGCGCAGCUGAAGGAGAACAUCCACAGCGAGCUGGUGCGCGCCGAGCGCGCCGAGAUCCUGGAAAAGUACCUGCAGUGGGACGUCAUUGAGGAUCGCGACAGCCUGGACAAUGCCUCCAAGGCGGAUGUGAGGAGGCACUUCGCCGGCUGGGUCUCGGAGCACAUCGCCAAUCAGCCCUGCGAAAGUGUCAAGACGCCCCUGAUCGCCGAACGAAUAGCCCGUUUCCGAUACUGUCUGUAUGUGGACCAGAAGUGUCUCGAUACGCUCGAGCAGUUCCAGAAUUCCGAAGGAGACUUUGUCGGGCAAAUCGCCCAGUACAGCCGACCCCCCAUGGUCAUCGUGCUAGUCGACAGCCAGUGGACGCCUAGUCGCAAAGGCGUCCCAAAAAAAGACCGAGGAUUUCCGCCUAUUGAGGGCACCGACAAACGCAAUGUGGGAUGGCUUUAUACCAGGGCACUGGAUUUGACGUCGUUCUAUGACGAACUCUCUCAAAAUUAUGGAGUGGUGGAUUUCGACGACUUCUAUGCCAGGCCGCCUAUAAUCAGCCCUGGCUUUAGUGGUUUAUCAAUGCCGGAAUAG